UGAAAUAUGGCUGCGCCCACGAAAUACUUAUUUUUACAUGUUUUGUUUUGUGUGGUUGUUAUUUUGCUUUAUACGUAUGUCAGUGCUAACACAAAUCGCAAAAUAGAACAACUAUUUAAACAAUAUAUUGCAAAAUAUAAUAAGACCCAUGUAGAAGGUAGUAAGGAAUACAUUUUCAGAAUGAAUGUGUUUGAGAAAAGCUUGAUCCGACAUGCAAAGUUAAAUUCUAAAACAGUCUCUAUAGAAAAUGCACAGUUUGGUAUUAAUAAAUUUUCUGACAUGACUCCUGAGGAAUUUCAAGUUAAAUUCUUAAAACUGAAACAGGAGCCAGCUGAGCCAUUUCAACCUCUAAGCCUUGAUCUCUGGCUUGGUAACAAACCAAUAGCAACUACUGAACGUACCCAAAAGGUUGAUUGGAGAAAAACCAAUAAAGUAACAGCCGUGAACAACCAAAAGGACUGUGGUGCAUGUUGGGCAUUUAGUUCUGUUGAAAUCAUAGAGAGCAUGGUGGCAAUCCGGAAAGGGGUUCUGGCUCCCCUUAGUGUUCAACAGAUGACUGACUGUGCCAGGUUUGGAAAUCGUGGCUGUCAAGGUGGCAACAUUGAGACAGCAUUAAUGUGGCUAAAAUCGACAAACACAGCUCUUGUCUCUAGUAAAAAGUAUCCACUGACGUGGAAGACAGAAACUUGCAAGCUUACCAAUUCAACUGAAGGUGUGACAAUCAGCAGUCAUGCAACAUAUGGGCUAGUUCAAAAUGAAGAGAAAAUGGUAGACCUUAUUGAAAACCAUGGUCCAGUUGCUGUUGCCAUUGAUGCAACCUUGUGGCAGGACUACCUGGGUGGAGUUAUUCAACAUCAUUGUGAGAUGAACCUCAACCAUGCUGUAGAAAUUGUAGGAUACGAUCUAACAGGAAACGUUCCAUACUAUAUAGUCAGAAACUCAUGGGGCACGGAUUUUGGACACAGCGGCUAUCUUUACAUAAAAAUUGGCAAGAAUGUUUGCGGUAUUGCUACAUCAGUAAGCAUAGUUGAUGUGUAAGGUACAUAUAACUUGCCAUCCUGCUAGAGGCACAGGGAAAAGACAAAACCUACACUUCCAUUUGUUGUUCAUCACUCAUUACUAUUAUAUUCUAUUUACAUGAACAUCAUGAUUCAAUUGCAGCAAUAAAUAUAAAAUUAAUGGGGUUGUAGUGGUUAUAUCAUAUAGGAAAUAUAUGUUAGAUCUGUAUGUAAACUUCGAACCCAAAUUUGAUAAUCGAAACUAAAUUGAUCAAUAGCAAAGCUAUCAUGAUUUUAUAAUUGUAUAAAAGUGUUUAUUGUUAAGCAAAUUACUGAAGCAGAUUCUAUUUUUUAUAUAAAUAUGUACUUUUUGUUUCUAGUGUCUGUUGAUACACUGGAUUGCAUUGCAUUGUGAUUUUUGGAUUGAUAUAUAAGUAUAUUGAUAA